CCGAGAGAGAGAGGAGCAAGCGCCAUGUUGAAACCAUUAUUGCCAGUUAGAUCCUUCUUACUGCUUCAGCUGCUCCUUCUAGGGGAAGGGUGGAGCUCCAAGGUUCUCAUGCCCAGUGGAAAUGAAGACACCAAAGCUGGUUUCUUCCAUGGACACAUCAGUGUUCCUCCUCGGCCCCUCCCAGAGGUUCAAUGCUUUGUGUUCAAUGUCGAGUAUAUGAAUUGUACUUGGAAUAGCAGUUCUGAGCACCAGCCAACCAACCUGACUCUGCACUAUAGGUACCAGAGAUCUGAUAAUAAAUUCCGGGAGUGUCGCCACUAUCUGUUCUCAGAAGAGAUUACUUCCGGCUGUCACAUACAAAAAGAGGAGAUCCAGCUCUACCAGACAUUUGUGAUCCAGCUCCAGGACCCCCGGAGACCCCAGAGACAGGCUGAACAGAAGCUAAACCUGCAGAAUCUUGUGAUCCCAUGGGCUCCAGAGAAUCUAACACUUUACAACCUGAGUGAAUCCCAGCUAGAGCUGAGCUGGAAAAGCACAUAUACGGAACACUGUUUGCAACACUUGGUGCAGUACCGGAGUGACAGAGAUCGAAGUUGGACGGAACAAAUAGUGGAUCAGAACCCUAGAUUCUCCCUGCCUAGUGUGGAUGGGCAGAAACUGUACACAUUCCGGGUUCGGAGCCGCUUUAACCCACUCUGCGGAAGUGCUCAACACUGGAGUAAAUGGAGCCAACCUAUUCAUUGGGGAAGCCAAAUGGCAAAGGAGAAUCCUUCCGUGUUUGCACUGGAAGCUGUGCUCAUCCCCGUUGGCUCCAUGGGAUUGAUUAUUACCCUGAUCUUUGUGUAUUGUUGGCUGGAACGGGCAAUGCCUCGAAUUCCUACCAUCAAGAAUCUAGAGGAUCUGGUUACUGAAUACAACGGGAACUUUUCGGCCUGGAGUGGUGUGUCUAAAGGGCUGACUGAGAGUCUGCAGCCAGACUACAGUGAACGGUUCUGCCUCGUCAGUGAGAUUCCUCCCAAAGGAGGGGCCCUAGGAGAGGGGCCUGGAGGGUCUCCUUGCAGUCUGCAUAGCCCCUACUGGCCUCCUCCAUGUUAUUCUCUGAAGCCUGAAACCUAAGACUCAAUCCCUGAUGGAACCUCAGGGUCCUCUCACCCUAAGUGAUGCUAACUUCCCCCUGCUCAUCUUGCCAGUCUGAAUCCAAUGCUUAUUGCUUCCCCCUGUGGCUAAAUUUCAAUUUCAUGUCCUAUGUAGCUGCUCGUCCAUUCAAUAUGCCCUUCUUGAGAAAUGCCCCUUGCCCCCUUUCCCUGUGCAAGCCCCACCCCACCCCCUUCUGGCACCUUCCCCUGUUUUUGGAGACAGUCUUACCCUAUAGCUCUGGGUGGCUGUGGACUCACUAUGUAGGCUAGGUUGGCCUAUAACUCAGGCAACCCUCCCACCUCAGCCUCCAGAGUGUUCCGGUUAUCUGCAUGUAUGGCCACGCCCAGCAUGGCCCUUCUCUGUUACAGGAUCCUUUCUCCCCUUUCCCAUCUACCAUUCAAUUGUUCGGGAACCAACAAGAA